AACACUCUCAUCCUGCUGAAAACUGAUCGAUCACCUGAUCGAUCCCGGGAAUCUAAGGUAGAAACUCCGUGAAACGGUUUCAGCGCAGAAAGAGACAAAGAGGAGAGAAAGAGGAGCGUCGGGAAAACGGUUUUAUGAUUGAGGACGCGCUUUCGGCUGAACUCAGGACCAUGUCCCCCCCCAGCAGCAGGACCCUCUCCGCUCCUCCUCAAGGCCACCACCUGACAUGAAGGCCUGAAGCCUGAGGACGCAGCGCCCCCUGCUGGACCCCCGCCGCCGCCGCGGGCCAUGGCCGAGCCCAGCUACUCCGACCUGAUCGCCAAACACUACAACUUCACCGGCAAGUUCCGGAAGACGCAGCAGGACUCGGGCCUGAAGGCCGACUCGGUGGUGUUCAUCAUCGUGUGCUGCUUCAUCAUCCUGGAGAACAUCCUGGUCCUGGCCACCAUCUGGAGGACCAAGAAGUUCCACAAGCCCAUGUACUACUUCAUCGGGAACCUGGCGCUGUCCGACCUGCUGGCCGGCGUGGUGUACACGGCCAACAUCCUGCUGUCCGGCGCCAACACCUACAAGCUGACGCCGACGCAGUGGUUCCUGCGGGAGGGCAGCAUGUUCGUGGCGCUGGCGGCGUCCGUCUUCAGCCUGCUGGCCAUCGCCAUCGAGCGCCACCUCACCAUGCUCAAGAUGAAGCUGCACAACAACGGCAACACGUGCCGCGUCUUCCUGCUCAUCAGCACGGUGUGGAUGAUCGCGGCGGUGCUGGGCGGCCUGCCGCUGAUGGGCUGGAACUGCAUCGACAACAUGGCGCGCUGCUCCACCGUGCUGCCGCUCUACCACAAGACCUACAUCCUGUUCUGCACCACCGUCUUCAGCAUCCUGCUCAUGGCCAUCGUGGUGCUGUACGCCCGCAUCUACGCGCUGGUGCGCACCCGCAGCCGCAAGCUCGUCUUCCGCAAGGUGUCCAACGGCCGCGGCAACGCCGGCGCCAACAGCAAGAGCUCGGAGAAGUCGCUGGCGCUGCUGAAGACCGUCAUCAUCGUGCUCAGCUGCUUCAUCGCCUGCUGGGCGCCGCUCUUCGUCCUGCUGCUGCUGGACGCCGCCUGCGAGACGCUCAGCUGCCCCAUCCUCUACAAGGUGGAGUGGUUCCUUGGCCUGGCCGUGCUCAACUCCGCCAUGAACCCGCUCAUCUACACCCUCACCAGCAACGAGAUGCGCCGCGCCUUCCUCAAGACGCUGCUGUGCUGCACGUCCUGCGUCCGGCCCAAGGCCAAGCAGGCGGGACCCAUCAUGGGGGCCGAGUUCAGCCGCAGCAAGUCCGAUAACUCCUCCCACCCCAACAAGGAGGAGGCCGAGUACUCGCCCAGGGAGACCACGGCCGUGUCGUCCGGGAACGUCACCUCCUCCUCCUAGAGGGGCGGAGGUCUAUGGAGCCAAAUCAAGGCCAAAAGUUGUGCUAAUUUGAAAAUAAAAUUUGAACCUGAAAAUUCUUUUUUACAGUUUCAAAUUAUUUUUUUUCGGUAUCAGAUCUUUUUUUCAGUUUCAGAACUUUUUUUUCAGUUUAAAUUUUUUUUUUUCAGUUUCAAAUCUUUUUUUGUCAGUUUCAAUUUUUUUUUUUCAGUUUCAGACUUUUGGCCCGGAUCUGGCGUGGGGGGCGUGGCAUCAACUGAG